AUGCAUUCCAUGUUCGCAGUUGCGCUUGCAUGUACUUUAGCCACAAUGCUCCUCGCCCAACAGAUGGAAGAUGAUCUGUCGGCCGACAAGCGAGUGAGAUCCUUCGCGUUCGCCAAAAGAUCUCCCUACAGACAAUUCGCAUUUGCAAAGAGGUCUGUGAAUGAAGAGGAGAGCGAAGUCGAGAAACGAGCUCGGUUCGCAUUUGCAAAGAGGUAAGU